AUGUUUGGUUUUUCAUGUUCGAUACUUAUUUUCUUCUGUUUUUCUUAUUUCAUUUGUCUUUCUCAUGCAUUAAAUAAUGGUUUCAGUAUUGAACUUAUUCAUCGCGACUCUUCAAAAUCACCUAUCUAUAAUCCAAUGGAGACUAAAUUCCAAAGAGUAUACAAUGUUGUUAAUCGUUCAAUCGAUCGAUCUAAUCACUUCAGCAAACAAUUUUCACUCAAUAUAAAAAAACCCGUAUCAACUUUAAUCCCGGACUCUUUUGAAUAUUUCAUGAGUUAUUCUAUUGGUACCCCACCUUUUAAGACCUAUGGUAUUAUGGAUACGGGUAGUCCCUUAGUAUGGCUUCAAUGCCUCCCUUGUAAGACAUGUUACAAUCAAACGUCUCCUAUAUUUAAUCCUUUAAAAUCUUCAAGUUACGAAACUAUACGUAGCUCUUCUAGGAGAUGUAAACUUGCGAAAGAUUUAGUUCCAUCUUGUUCUCAAAAUAAAGAUGUUUGUCAAUAUAAUAUUACUUAUGGUGGUGAAAUAAAAUCACAAGGAGAUCUUAGUCUGGAGACUCUAACAUUAGAUUCCACUUCUGGCUCAUUUGUUGUGUUUUCUAAAAUUGUGAUAGGAUGUGGACACAUAAGUAUGCUUCCGAUAUUAGAUCGAGGCUCAGGUAUAGUUGGAAUGGGAAGUGGGCCAAUGUCGCUUAUACAACAAUUAGGUUCGUCAAUUGAUAGAAAAUUCUCAUAUUGUUUGAAUACUUUUAAUAGUGAUUUUGAUGAAUCAAACUUCUCUAACAAACUCAACUUUGGAAAUGCUGCUAUUAUUUCCGGUGAAAGAGUUGUUUCAACUCCCAUGAUCAAAUUCAAAGGUGCUUACGCUAUAACAUUGGAAGCAUUUAGUGUUGAAAACCAAAGAAUAGAAUAUGAAGGAGCAAAUACUUAUAAUAAAACCAUCAUUAUUGACUCGGGCACACCAUUGACGAUGUUGCCACCUCAUUUUCACUCUAAGUUGGAAUCUGCAGUUGCAAAACUAGUUAAACUACAUCGAAUUGAGCUACCUAAUCGUGAAUUGAGCCUUUGUUACAAUACUACAUUGGAACAAUUAAAUAAUGUUCCUAUUAUCACGGCACAUUUUAGUAGUGCAGAUGUCAAGUUAAAUUCUAAUAACACAUUUAUUGAAUUUCAAAAGGGAACUUUUUGUUUUGCUUUCAUCCCAUCCAGAGGUUCUAUCAUUUUUGGAAGCAUUGCACAACAUAACUAUUUAGUUGGUUAUGAUCUCGAAAAUAAUGUAAUCUCUUUUAAGCCUACCGAUUGCACCAAGUAUUAA